AUGGUCAUAUUCGACAUGGUUGGCCAGUUCAAAGUUCCGUCCAAAUGCUUUGCCACAGCUUCCAUGUGUGCAAACGUAUUUUCGUGGAGGUUGAUGGGUCUUUUUUCAGCCGAGUUCAGCGACUCUGAGAAUGAGGUGGAGGUAAUCAUAGAGCAAGCAACCGAUUCAGAUGUGUUGAGCUGGACUCCUACCAUUAAUGAAUCAGUUGAGUUUGACCUGGACGGCUGGACUUUGAUCCCAACCGAGCGGACAGGAUGGCUGUGUGGGCUCUUUGCUCUGAUACAAAGUAUUAGGGAAUAUUGGGAACCCAACUUCAUCGUGGACCAUUUGGAUGCUAUCUUACAAGAGUAUGGCCGUCUCGAAGGGGUAAACCUGCAACUGGGAGUCCAUCAUGCAAAUAAGGGCUGGAGACUGAUCUUUAGUGGCGAUGACAGACCUGAAGUGUAUCAAAUCUGGAUUCGCCAUGACAGCGCUAGCGUUGUCACUGAAGACGGAAUCGCCGCGGCUCACUACUCGGGAAUGAAGCCGCCAGAGGAUUCGUAGAGCCUGCCAUCUUUCAGAUAAAGAUACACUUAAAUAAAAAUCAUCUCAUUAACUAAGUAAUAAAUCCUACCUCAAGAGUCAAGAGACUAAUUGCCGUAGUGAGUGGCCUGGUAGGGUGAUUUCUAGAAACAAAUUCUGCUCCUGUUAUCAAUAAAACGUCGAUCUUUCAGCCUUUGUUAAAUCUUGACAAAGGCAAUGCAAUACCUCGCUUGUUUACAAGAGAGCUGUACCCUUUUGGACAAA